UUCCAUCUAGAUAUCCAGGCGCAAGGUUUCAAUACAGAAGGCUUUUUAUCCACGACUUAAUAUGUAUUACAUGCCCUUGAAAGAGAAGGAGUCGAGGGUAGAUAAGAAUUCAAUUUAGCCCAUCCUUGCCUAGCGCGUUUCUCCGCGUAUGACAUCGCGUUUUUGGUAUCGUCAAACGCGUCUCUAUCGUCGCGGCGUUUCACCCAACCAUCGCUAAAUUCUUGCUGCAAGAGCGUUACUGGGCCUUGUUUGCUUUGACUCCCGCAACCCAUACUCAGGAGUGUCUCAUUCCUCAUCCCCAGCCCUCAAGGGAACUGUACCCUUACUCUGCCGUUAGUUACACGCCUUGAGUCCUAUUUAUUCAGAGACAACCCUUAUUCCGUGACCUUGUCUGCCAUAUACCCCCUGUUUUCGCAAACACAAUGGGCCUCAAGCGCAAAGCCUCGUUUACCGCGUCCCCCAGUGCUACUCCGGUCUCGCCUGGCGCCAUUACCACAUCAGACGAAACAUCCAGAUAUCUGCCUAGUCGAACAAGGAAGCGCUUCAGGGACGACCGCCCCGACGAGCAGACUAUCUACGCGCAAACUCUUCGUUGGCUAUUCUCCGCCGCGCAGAAGCCGACUCCUACUCUUGCCGCGGACGAACCCACAAGCCCGCCUCCUCCAUCAGAGCCGGAACCUAUCGACGCGCGACAACAGACAUUGGAUAAAUUCUUCCGGCGAGUGAAAAGCGCUGCCUCUCCAGCAGUCAAGUCUACCGCUCCUCAACAAACGGAAACACCAUCAUCAGCCCAUUGGAACAUAAUGAACCCCCGCGCGAAUGAGGGCAAUGCUCUUACGAGCUCAGAUGAGAGUGGAUUAAGCUCACCGAACUCGACGGUCGAUAUUGAAAUGGAUAUGUGAGAGUCUAGCAAAACGCACUCUGCGCCUCCAUCACCACGCAAGUCGUGGCCGCUCCUUCACAAUGGGGAGACAUCAGCAGGGCUGUUGUUUUUAGUUCAUGUAUAUUUUUGAUCCCUGUCCACGCUCCUCAAUGUGAACUCGCAUGACCAGCUACUGCUACUGGUGCAUGAUAUCGGUUCUUGUAUAGCUGUGGUGCUUCUGAGCACUCUUAACGACUAUUUGCCAUUUAUGAGUCUGUUUUUUUGUGGGUUAUGCUGCAAGAUGGAGUUUCCUGGGAGUAUCUGGUGAAGGAGGUUAUCUGCAUAGAAGGUUUCAUAUUUUCGUUUAUAUUAUAUCUGACCUGUGCACUUUCGAGCGUUGUUUAUUUGGGAUAUGGGAUGGCGUUACAGGCCCUAGGCUGUUUGUUAAUAUUUGAGGGAGUUAGCUGUUAGUUGAAGAACAACGUGUGGUUCGACGGCCAUACUUAAGGGAAAGAUCUAUCCUUGA